AAAUGAAAGUUACAAUAUUUUUUGGUCUAAUUUUGUUGGUUUUACAUAUAUUUGAUGGCCAAGGAUUACAACAAACUACAGUUAUUUAUGAAAGAAAUGACCAAGCAUUUACAGCACAUCAAUUGGGAAAUAAUAAUUAUAAACAAAUACAAGGAUUUAAAGAAUUUAAAUAUGGAAAUGCUUAUAAAACACAACAAGGAUUCAAAGAUUAUCAAAUGAAAAAACAUGCAAACUAUGAAUUAGUAACUAAAGCGACCCGAAAACCAUAUACUGGUAGUGGUAAAAAUGUAACCCUAAAAUUACGUUUGGAUAAACGCUAUACUAGCAACGAUAAUAAUGUUCUCGUAGACUAUAGGGCGCCAUUAACUAGAAAUUCAUUUCUAUUUCAGUUUGAUUUGGAGUUUUUUCUUAAAAAAUAUUUAAAAAAUAGUAAAAUAUUUAUACGUAAUAUAAGUUUAAAUGGUGAAAGGGAUCAAAGAUGGAGACAUUCUGGACAUUAUUGUUUUUAA